AUGAUUAAAGCACCAGCUACUGCACCGCCUGUACGGACGGCCAAAGGAGGAGGGCAGGUGAGUAAGGGUUGUCCCAAGAGGUGGAGGCUGGGCCAGGUGGCGCUCCAGCUAGAUUCUAUGCCUUCCCAUCUAGGCCAAUGUGAUUCUGUUGUUGUGAAUCGGGUUUACCAGUCUUGUGUGGUGACUUUCUAUGGGUUUGAGACCAGAGUAUAUCUUCUAUUGCUCAAUAUGAUUAACUUCGAGGUUAUCCUUAGCAUAGAUUGGUUUUCUCCACAUCAUGCCAUAGACAAUGCCAAGACUAUUACAUUGGCAAUGCCAGAGUUUCUUAGAUUGGAGUGGAGAGGUUCAUCUAGUAGUGCAUCCAGUUGGGUUAUUUUUUUCUUGAAGGCUCAAUACAUGGUUGGGAAGGGUUGUUUGACCUAUCUGGCCUUUGUUCGAGAUACUACUAUAGAGACUCCCACGAUAGAUUUAGUGCUUAUGGUGAGGGCGAUUUUUGAUGUAUUUUUUUCUAACUUACUAGGCAUGCCAUCAGAUCGUGAUAUCGACUUCGACAUUGAUUUGGCACUAGGAACCCAGCCUAUCUCUAUUCUGCCUUAUCAUAUGGCUUCUGCGGAGUUGAGAGACCUGAAAGAGCAGCUUCAGGAGUUGCUCAAGAAGGGAUUCAUCAGGCCGAGUGUGUUUCCUUGGGACGCACCAGUAUCGAGCCCAGAUAUUGAGCCCAGGGUUGAUGAGGCACAGGCUCGAGCUUGUGUAUCGAAGCCAUGA